CAGAGUGACGCAGGCCCCGUGCCCUCUGAUAAGAGGUGCUGGCACUCCAGGAGUGCCUUGUCAGCAGGCCUGACAGUGUGCCAGCCACCAGCCUGGACCCUGUGGCCAGCGGCCCUUGGGACACACCUGGCUGCCCUGCAGAGUGCACCUGCUGUCCGUGGUGGGGAGGACAACUGUGCUCCGCUUUCUGCAUUCACCCGUCUUCUCGGUGGCCCCUGAUCCUGAGCUGCAGGGAGCCCUGGGGCUCCGUUGCGUCCGGGCUCUGGGGAGUGGGUUUGGAUUUCUCAAAGUACAGAACAGAUGGGGAGUAGGAUGUGGGCCGUGCGCCUUCGACAGAACAGUGUCCAGUGUCCUGCCGCUGUGUACUCACCCGCACCAUCAGGCCCAGGUCUCUGUGUCUGCACCGUCCUGGAGGCCUGAGCCAGCUGCGCCAGGAUAGCAGGGCACCAGAGCGAGGGAGCAGAGCAGUAACAGUGAGGUCUUCUCCAUCCCAGUAGCCAGGGGCUCGGUGGCCUUGGCCUGACCCAUGUUCCUGGCUCUUGCUGUGCUGCCCUGUGCACUGAAGUCCUCCCUGCUGACCAUGGACCUGGUCUUCAGGGGGAGCACAUGCUGCUGGGGAUCUGCGCUCUGCCUCACUGGGUAUCUGGUGACCCCUGUGAGCGGUGGUUCCUCUGAGGACCACUUGUGAAAUGAGGGGUUGUGUGUGAUGAGAAAGGAACCGUGUCUGCUGAUUGGUCCUUAUUUGGGGACCAGAGUUUGAGGCCCUGGCGUGGUGAGCGUGGAGUUGAGGGAUGGGAGGAAGGUUGUUUGGAGCUACGUCUGUGAGGCCGUCUCUGAAUCUCCGUGUUACCUCACAGGGGCCUUGGCAGAGUGGAGUGGUGCCGAGAGGGGUCCUGCAUCCCGCUUCUCAGCCUUGGGCUUCACAGGGACUCUGGGUGCCCAGCAUGGGUUUGGCUGAGUCUCACUGCUGGGUGGUGGCCAAGUGAGCAGAGGCGGGGCCUGGCCCCCUUUGGCUGAAAGCGGCACGUGUAGCUGUGAGGGAGGACCCCACUCGGCCUCUGGGCUCCUUGGUGACCCUUGUUCGAAAAAUUCUUCUGUGAUUCCACUCAUGAUGCUUUGUCCAUUUUGUUAAUGGCUGAAAUGGGUUUGUGGUGCGUCUUGAGGUGCCACAGGUGCUGCUCAGACACAGAAACGUCUCUAGUCACGGCCAGAGUCAGAUUUGUCAUGAGUUAGGGGUCUAGCCAGAUUCCUUCCUGCUGUGAACAUAGCUUUAUAAGCAGAAAUCAGCGUCUUUGUGUUUACGUGCAGCCAUACGGUACGCGGCACAUCCCGUUGGCUUUGUCUCUUCGCUCUACAGAAGUGGACAGAAUGCCACCAGGGACCUGACUCGUAGGGAGCCUUGCAGCCUGGGGACAGGUGGGAAAUUCCUGUGGUCUGGUUUUCUUCCAGAGCUAAGCUCCGAUGCCCAGCAAUGGACGACGACAGCCUGGACGAGCUCGCGGAGCGGAGCACAGGGCUGGGUGGACGCCUGCGACCCAGCCCUCCUGCCCUGGCCAGCGAUGCUGAAGAAACCAGUGAUGGGAGCAGUGGGGACUCUGAAGAUGACACAGGCAGUGAGCAGAGGGAUGGCACAGACGAGGACGAGGAGGGGGCGUCUGAAGACGACCUGGAAGACAGAUCCGGUUCUGAGGACUCCGAGGAAGAGGAUGUGGAGACCUUGGUGGCUGUGGCCAGUACUCAGAAGAGGAAGCUGGAAGCAGAUGGAGCGCUCAGCUCUGAUGAUGAAGCCGAGAGCUGCCCCAUUUGUCUCAAUGCGUUUCGAGACCAGGCCAUGGGGACCCCAGAGACCUGCACCCACUACUUCUGCCUGGACUGCAUCAUGGAGUGGUCCAAGAAUGCCAACUCCUGCCCGGUAGACCGGACUGUAUUUAAGUGCAUUUGCGUGCGAGCCCAGUUUGGUGGGAAAAUCUUAAGAAAGAUCCCAGUGGAGAACACCAGAGCCCCUGAGGCUCAGGAGGAAGAUCCCACUUUCUGUGAGGUGUGUGGCCGCAGUGACCGGGAGGACCGUCUCCUCCUUUGUGACGGCUGUGAUGCUGGGUACCACAUGGAGUGCCUAGACCCUCCACUACAGGAGGUGCCGGUGGACGAGUGGUUCUGUCCAGAGUGUGCUGCCCCGGGCGGCGGCCCCAGUCCUGACCCGGGUCACGUGAGUGAGGAGGAGGUCACUCUGCUCUUGGCUGAUGUGGUGCCCACCACCAGCAGGCUCCGGCCCAGCACAGGCCGGACCCGGGCCAUUGCCAGGACACGGCAGAGCGAGCGAGUGAGGGCUACCGUGAACCGGAACCGCAUCACCACUGCCAGGAGGAUCCAGCAUGUCCCGAGGUACCUGAUGUCUUCUCUGCUUGACGAGACAAUCGAAGCCGUCGCCUCUGGUCUGAGUACUGCUGGGUAUCAGCGGCCUGUGACUCCGAGAACCCCCGUGAAACGGAGAAGAAAGACGGGAAGACGGAAGAAAGUGUUGGGAAGAAAGAAGGCCUCUCCCAAAUCUUCUGUGAGAAGUAAGAGUUUAGGGACAAGAUCUAAGAGACGCCAGAGUCGCGGGAAGAAGAGGAAAGGGAAGAAGCCGAAGGUCAGAGAUGAGGUCACAGCACGUGUCCGCAUCGCCAGGACACUGGGCCUCCGGAAGCCUGUCCGCGGCGCCUCCUUCCCAUCUGUGUACAAGCCUGCCGACCCCUCGCUGGGGCUGAUGCGGGCAGACAUUGGAGCUGCGACUCUGUCCCUGUUCGGAGACCCUCACGAGCUGGACCCCUUUGACAGCAGUGAAGAGCUCUCCACAAACUCCACGUCCCCUCUGAGUGUCAAGAGGAGGGUUUUGUCCCAGUCAGCGCUGCGGUCACACCAGCCCGUGGCCAGGCCCAUCUCCAUGGCGAUCUCUAGGAGGGGCGUUCCUGCUGCCGCCACGCCGGACCCUGAAGUGGAGGCAGCCCCCGUCCCCGACCUGGUGGGCAGCAUCUUGUGCAGCCAGAGCCUCCUGAUGCUGAGUGACGCCGACAUCAUCAUCCACCGUGACGGCUCCCUCAGCGCCAAGAGGGCAGCUCCAGCUGCUUUUCAGCAGAACUCCCUCAAGGCGUCCAGUGGCGCCAGGGACUGCAGGUCUGGCUGCGAGCCGCCCACAGUGCCACUCUCAGGUAGCCCGGCAGGUGGCCUCACCGGGAGCGGGCCCAAGAGCUCGGCCUUGACCUCCCACAACAGGCCUACCCCAGCCCCUGCCCCCGCCCCGGCCUCCUGGGUCCCCGCACACACGGCAAGGCCAGCAGUGAGAUUGGGCCCCUCCGCAGCCCCACGGGCUAGGGCCGUCCAGACUCAGAAGUUGGCCAGCAGCACACUUGCUUCACACAGAGGCGCCCUGCCCCGGUUUAACGGAGACAGCAAGCGUGCUUCGCUUGCGGGUUCCACAUCCCCCAAGAUCUCCAACAGUAACUCUCGCUCACCAUCCAGACGCCCAGUGCUGGGGCACCCCCUGAAGCCAGCUCCCAGGAGAAGGGAUAUCUCUGAGCUACCCAGAAUACCAAAGAUCAAGAGAGACGGUGGCGGUGGACACGUGGACUCGUCCCCGGCCCCUGGGCCAAGCGUUGAGAUCCCCAGUUCCUGCAUCAGCCGGCUGACAGGCAGGGAGGGCCCCACACAGCCGGGCCGUGGGGCGCGGGCAGAGGGCCAGCCCAGCGGCCGGGGCCCACAGGAGCCCGGUGCGCCCCCGGGGGGGCCCCAGCCCACAGCUCCCAGUUCCCACAGCAGCCUGGCUCCUAUCGGAGCCGCGAGGGGGAAGGGCAUGGGGUCGACCUUUGAGAGCUUUAGGAUUAAUAUUCCCGGGAACACAGCCCACUCCAGCCGGCUCCCCAGUCCUGGGUUCUGUAACACGUUCCGGCCUGUCGACAACAAGGUGCAGAGGAAGGAGAACCCCUCGCCCCUCUUCUCCCUCAAAAAGACCAAGCAGCUCAAGAGCGAGAUCUACGACCCAUUCGACCCCACGGGCUCAGACUCCGGCUCCCCCGGCAGCAGCCCCGAGAGGCUGGGCUCCGGCCUCCUGCCUUCUGAGAUCACGCGGACCAUCUCCAUCCACGGCCCCAAGGCCCCAGCCUGCCAGACGGUGCGCUGCGUCACCACCUACACCGUAGAGGAAGCUCUCGGGGAGGGGGACGCGCCCUCCCGGAGGCCCGCCUCCAGCGUGCUCAGGCUCCGGGACGGGGCAGCUGGCGGGGCGGCCUCGGACCUGGAGCCGGAGGGGCUGGGGGCGCCUGGGGAGGGGGAGGAUGAGGAUGCUCCCCGGCACAGCGCCUUCUUCAGCGCCAAGGAGCGAACGGUCACCUGUGUGCCGGUCGUGGAGCCCGAUGCCCCACCCAGCCCCGACACGCCGCCGCCCACCACCCAUCGCAUCGUGGAGCUGCGCUCGCCGUCCCCCACCCGCUCCGACACCAGCUCCUGCGGUCAGAAGGGAGCCAAGAAGGCAAAGACCUCCGGCAAGGAGUCCAGGAGGACGCGGUCCCGCAGCCGCUCGGGGUCUCGCUCCAGGGAGAGGAGCUCGCGGUCAGCCUCUCCGUCAGCCAGCGAGCCCCACGCCAGGAAGCACCGGCCCAAGGCCAGGGCCCGGUGGUCCUCCAGUGAGGGUUCCAGCAGCCGGGACAGGGCCAAGAGAAAGAAGGCCAAGGACAAGGGCCGUGAGAGGAAGCGGGGCUCCUGGGGCCGCGCACGCAGGUCCCGCUCGCGCUCCCUGAGCCCUGGCAGCUCCUCUCACGAGUACCACGAGGGCCGGAAGAAGAAGGCGCAGCGCUCGGCGUCCCGGUCCCGAGGGCGCGAGGGCUCCCCGCCCAGCAGCCUGGAGCGCUCGCGAAGGCACAAGCGGCGGCGUGAGCGGAGCCGGGAGCGGGACAGGAAGGAGGGUGUGUCUCGGCCACGAGGGCGGCGGCACUCCAGAGAGAGGAGGGCGUGGAGGUCCCGGUCCCCCAGCACGGAGCACCGGGCCCGGGAGCAGCGGCGGCCCCGCUCCCGCGAGAGGCAGCCCCGUACCCGCUCCUGCUCCCCAUACCGGAAGCCACCUGCAAAGGAGGCAUCCCCACCCCCUGUGCAUGAUGAACCUGGGCCAGACGGAGGUGCCAUGGCUGGGCCACCCACCCUGGCACAGGUAGCCUCGCCAGAGGUUCUUGCGGCUGGGGUAGACGAGGCCCCCACGGAGACGUCCCCCGUGCCUGAGGUGCCAGCUGAGAGUGCGCCCGAUGACUUGGACUACGGGGACUCUGUGGAGGCAGGCCACGUCUUUGAGGACUUCUCCAGCGAGGCCGUCUUCAUCCAGCUGGACGACAUGAGCUCCCCGCCCUCCCCUGAGAGCACAGACUCCUCUCCAGAGCGUGCCCCACUCGGCCUUGCCCCACCUGUGCCAGGCCGCGCCUGCGAUGUGGGCCUGGACACUGGCCGAGCCCUGGCCGCCAUCCAGAGGGAGGUGUCCUUGAUCCACAGUGACGACCCACAGCCCCCACAGCUCACAGAGGGCCCCCCUGAGAGGGUCCCCUGCGAGCAGGACUCCACAGGGGGGAGUCAGGCUGUGGGGAUGCUGCCAGGGGGUAACGAGGUGGGGCCUCAGGCAGGUGGGGGGGCCAGGCCUGAGGAAGCCACCCCUCAGACACCUCUGCUGCGGUCAAAGGUUCCGGUGAAGAGGGUCACCUGGAACCUUCAGGAGGAGGGGGACAGCGCCCCGGCUGAGGACCCAGUGCCGCGAGCGUUGUUGCACAGGCCGCAGAAGCCCAGGGACACAGCCUGGGACGGGGAGGACUCGGGCCCAGCUGCCUUCUGCCAGGUGCCACCGUUCUCUGAGCCGCUGCCUCCCAGCCAGGCACUUCCUGAGCCUGCAUUCCCCAACGUAGAUGCCUCUCAGGUUUACAGCCCUGCCCUGCCUGUGGCCCUGGCCCUGCCCUCGAGCGGCCCACCCUAUGCACCGGUCAGCCAGCCUGCGGUCCAGUUUCUCCUGCAGGGCAGCCUUCCCCUGGUGGGCUGUGGAGGUGCCCAGGGUCUGGCCCCAGUGCCCACCGCCCUGACCACAGUCUCAGAGCCAGCCGUCCCAGCCCCCGUGACCAAUGACGUGGAGGGGAAAACCACAGCUUCCAAGCCCGCCGGGGAGAAGGCCAAGAACGAGGAGUACAUGAAGAAGCUGCACGUGCAGGAGCGGGCGGUGGAGGAGGUGAAGCUGGCCAUCAAGCCCUUCUACCAGAAGAGGGAGAUCACCAAGGAGGAGUACAAAGACAUCCUGCGCAAAGCUGUGCAGAAGAUCUGCCACAGCAAAAGCGGAGAAAUCAACCCCACGAAGGUGGCAAACCUGGUGAGAGCUUACGUGGAGAAGUACAGACACAUGCGGCGGUACAAGAAGGCGGACCCCGAGGAGGGGCCCCCCCCCCAGGAGGCCGAGGGCUGAGGCGGCCUUGCGGGGGUGCUCCUGCGUGGGCGGUGCUGGGCCCGCGUGUCUGCCGUGCGGGGCAGGCGCUGUUGUCAGGCUUCCUUGUGAUCACCUGCGGUCUGAGCACCUGACUGGUUCACAGUUAACUGGACUUUUUAUAUGUAUAUUAUAGAGGUACACAGUUGCCAUUGCGUUCUAAUUUAUCAAACAUGAUUAUCUUUAGAAACUUCUGGACUGACUCAGUAUUUGCAAGGGUGGCAUGUUUGGUGAUCUGGGGGUUCCCUGAUGAAUCUCGCGGCCGGCCUCUCUCGCAGCAGCUGACCAGCAGCGCUGUGUAUGUGUGCUGCUUGUUUAGGGA